CUAACCGGAAGUAGCAACAGUCAGUAGACGAGCGGUAUUAAUAGAACAAAUAUAAUAGAAAUAAUAGAGUUACACAUUUAUUAGAACUGCCGUAAUCGCUAGCUAACGGCCUCUUAAUUGCGCUGCUAUCCCCGCUAGCUUGAAUCCAGGUCGUGACGGUUGGUCAAGCUAGUUUUGAUUUAGCCUAACCUAGUGGCCAAGCUCACCGUAAAGAAACAGAAAAAAGUCGAUAACGUUUCGCCGUCAAAUUGAUCAGCAAUGGACAGUUUAGAAACGCCAUACGAAGACGACUCGGCGACAGAUUUCAUCGAGUGCACGGUCUGUGACAAAUCGGCAAGGGGCCUGAGUUUGUAUAAGAUACACGUGACGACGCAGGGACAUUUAAAGAAAGAGGAAGCUGUUGUUGCCGCCGGCACCCGUGUCAGAGAACGCAGCGUGCCGGUGUUUAAAGAUAUUUUACACUACCUGGAUUACCUGAAGCUGGACGAGCCUAUCAUUGGCUUGGAUUACGUGGAGGAAGUGUACAGACACAUGCCCAAUUCCGACCUGGGGCCCAAGUACACAUGCAUCCUGUGCAAUACCACCGCACACCUGCCAGAAGUAGUCAGUCACAUCAUUGGGCGGAAACACAGACAGAAAUACAUGGAGUCCAAGCGUCCAGACCUGGUGACGUGGGACAAAGACUCUUUGAUUGCGCAAGGAGGGAAGAUGAUACGCACUAGAGCUGAGAUCAUAGAGAGGCAGGAUGGACGUGGACACCCCGUGCUCUUGAAGAAAUGGGAGAACAUGGGGCAAGAAGUCUCAGCUCCCCCAAGACCGAGGCAGAAUGGCAACCCCCAGAACUCCCAGACUUUGUUCAAACUGGAUCUUCCGCCGUGUCCGCCCAAGCGCCAGGACUUCCCAGAGUCGCAGCGUGGGAUGUUGCCCCCGGACGCCUCGCACAGGACUUCCUUCCCUCUAGCUGAAGCCCGCGGGCUGAACGCCGACAGUCAGAUAUACCAGCAGGAUGACUGGCAGAGGGAAUUUAGCAGGCGACGCGACCUGGAUUACCGUCAGCAGGAGUCGCAGACAAGAGGCGUUGACCCCGGGGAGGAGGUGCCCCGUGGUGGAUGGGCACAGCGUUACCCAGACGAGGACCCUUCCUACAGAUGGACCCCGCUGGAGAGCAGUAAUGUGAAGGAGGACGGAAGGCACGGGAGUUCAUCUGACUACCAGCGUCCCAGCUAUCAAGAAGAUGAACGCCGCUGGUCUCUUGACUCAAGCGUGAACACGAUCGGGGAUCGUGUCAGGCUCGGCUCCAGUGUUCCGGAGCCCCCCGAGGGGAACCUUCCCUUGAUUCCGCACGUGGAGCAUCCACGCGGACACGUCAGGGAUUACAAACACGGCGAAGUGCGUCAAGGCGAGCUAUUUUCCAACCCUGCAUUGUCGGGCUGGAGCGGCCCCGUCCAGACGCCGAGAGUGGAUUCCCGGAGCAUGUCGGACAUCCCAGAGCCUUUCAGGCGCUUCAUGAAGUGGCCCGGAGAUAACGACGAUGACAGCGGCAAGGCAUGCGGCAAAAGAAAGAGGAAGAGUCGCUUCUCAGACGCCACCGCUGAGGAAGUGCAAGUGGCGCACAAGAUCUUGAACACUGGAUAUGGACCCCCAGACCCAAAGUUGAGAGCUCAGUCCAGAUCAGGCGCUGGACCAUUUGAAGCAGAGACCCGCGUACCCAUGUGCCAUCCCGACCGCUUCUUAGAAUCACAGGACUUGCAUCGCUCUAACAGCCUCCGAAAAGAUGGCCCUGAGAAAGAAACUGUCUUUGAUAUGCUGAACGACAUCGAAAUAGAGAACGUGGAAGAGGCUAAUUUCCUCAAGAACAAACUGACCGGCCUUCUGAAAGAAUUCAAGGCCAUAAAAACAAAGAAAAGUGAGCAAAAGAGUCCAGCUCCGCAGAUGUCCGCACAACACCAGCACGGGAGGACGCCUUGGGGAGAUUCCGACUUAAGACGGACAGAGGAAGACAACCGGGGACGAGGGUGGAGGACGCAUGAGACUAACGUGCAUGACGGGCAGCAAGAAUACCAGUAUCAUAUGCGCGGGGAGCCCAGUGCCUCAAGCAGAAGCCGUUAUGAAGAUGUUUCUGUCCCACGUGAGAUGUACCCAACACGUCGUCCGGAUGAAAGAGCGCAGCAUCCUGAGCGGUUCCAGGAAAACAUCGCAGCGCACCGUGACCUCCGGCCUGUCUCCGAGGGGCAUUUUGACCCGCGCCCGCCCCUGCCCCGCGACAUGGAACGAGGAGUCGCGAUGAACCGGGGUCCUCAGUACUCCAAAAGCCUGGAAAAACUCACGUCCACUCUCUUGGAGCUAGUGUCAAGGAAACAGCAGUAAAAGUAGUACACCAAAUUCAAUUCAAAUGAAAUCUACCAUCAUGUUUUUGUCUUGCUUAAGUAGCUGAUUUGUUGUUUGCAACAAAGGUUUCCCAGAGACUGAAAAUAUUAAAACAUUUGUCCAUGGCG